GUUUCAUGGCUCCAGAGCUAAUCCAGAAGAAGGAGUAUGACUACACAGUGGAUUAUUUCACGAUGGGAGUCACCCUGUAUGAGAUGAUUGCCGCCAAAGGGCCCUUUAGAGUACGAGGAGAGAAGGUUGAGAAUACGGAGGUUGCUCGCAGAAUCUUGAAUGAUCCAGUUUCAUACACACCGGUCUUCAGCAAAGACUGCAAGGAUAUCUGUGAAGGCCUGAUGCACAAGGACCCAGAAAAACGUCUCGGGUUCAAAAACAACGACUGUGAGGAGCUGAAAAAACAGCCUUUCUUCAAAGAUAUUAACUGGGGUUGCCUGGAAGGAGGAAUGCUACCGCCACCAUUUGUCCCUGAUCCUAAAGCGGUCUAUGCCAAAGGUAUUGACGAUGUGGGCGCCUUCAGCUCGAUCAAAGGUGUGGUCCUGGAUAAGGAAGACACAGAUUUCUACAACGACUUUUCUUCCGGCAACGUCCCGAUCCCCUGGCAGGAGGAGAUGAUCGAGACGGGUGUGUUUGGGGAGAUGAACAUCUGGGGAGAGAACGGCAAGCUGCCAAAUGACCUUGACUCAAGCUUUGUAGAAGCCAAAGGAGGAGGAUGUGUUCUGCUUUGAGUUGCAAC